UUGCAUUAAAACUGCUAAGCGAUUAUUCAUUCCGGUCUCUAAUCCCAGGCCCAGCGGUUCUGUAAUUUUGCGAAAAUGCCGAACGGUCAAUGGGUCAUAGGAGAUUUAUUCAAGAAGGAUUACGGCCACGCAGGAAGCAUCAAGAAUCUGUGGGAAUUGAGAUGGAUGUUUCCAUGUCGAAGGGGUGUGUAUCCAUUUCAUGACGGGAAGUUUGAGGAUUUUGAGCCAAUAUUCGACCACCUGAUCGUAAAGAACAUCAACGACCCCUUCUCCGACAACUAUACCAACGCAUUCUUCCCAACGGGUGAAAGGCUAGCGAAAGAAGCGGAAGCAAUGGAAGCAAAGGAUCAAGAGGCUGCGAGGAAAUUGUACCUGCGUGCGAAUGCUGUGUUUCGGCUUGCCCGGUUUCCGUAUAUUGGGACGGAUUUGAAGAGGCAGGUUUUUGAGGCGCAGAAGGGGGUGUACUUGAAGGGAAGUAAGCUUUGGGAGGUUCCGAUCACAGAGACGGUGAUACCACACAAGUAUGCGAGUAAUGGGGAUGGUAACGAAAUUCCACUCUAUAUUAGACAGCCGAAGAGUGCGAGUGAGGGGAACAAAUGUCCGGUUGUGCUUCUCGUAACGGGUUUGGAUGGCCAUAGACCCGAUAAUACAGAGCGGACAGAUGAACAUCUUAAGCGCGGAUGGGCGACAGUCAUCUGCGACAUCCCUGGCACCACCGUCGACUGCCCUGCCAAUAAAACUGACCCUCUGUCCCCAGAUCGUCUCUUCUCGUCGAUUCUUGAAUGGGUCCAUGCACAGCCACAAUUCAACUCCAAAAAGAUUAUCGCCUGGGGUCUGUCGGCUGGUGGUUACUACGCCAUUCGUCUAGCGCAUACCCACAAAGAUAUGCUUACAGGAUCGGUAGGCCAUGGCGCCGGGACCCAUCAUUACAUUGGGCGCGAGUGGUUGGAUCAGAUUGCGAAACAUGAGUAUCCAUUCGGGCUUGAGAGAGCGUAUUGCGAAAAGUAUGGGUACAAGGAUUUCGAAGAGAUGAAAGAGAAGUGUCAGAAGACAUUCUCGCUGGUCAGUGGCGAAGGCGAAGGAGUGCCAGUGGUCGCGAUGGGAAUGAAGAGUUGCCGAAUGUUGUUGAUUAACGGAGUUUUGGAUGGGUGCAUGCCAGUGGAGGACAGUAUGUUGUUGGCAGAGUACGGAAGCCCGAAAGAGAUGCGAUUUAUUCAAGAAAGAUUCCAUAUGGGGUAUCCGGAGGCGAACUCAGUAGUCUACCCAUGGAUGGAAGAGGUCAUGUCGUAAGGCGGAUUGAGGCCAGCCAAGAAUCCCCAAUGAU